GGCGCUGGUCAGCUGACCUGCUGUGAGCCAAUCACAAGCGGAGCUGGGCGUAAACAAGCGCUGGGGUUUUAAAAGGCGAAGUGGCGCAGUGAGAAACAUGACUGGGAACUGAAGACUGAGACAUGAGGAUAGCACAAGUGAAAAGCAGACAGGACACCUCUGGGGGGCUGUGGGACUCCGUGAAGAAGGCCGCCUUCGUCAUCGGCUCAGGGAUCUUGUUGUUGGCGGCGUUCGGCAACUCGCUGACAUGGCAUCUUCAGAGGUUCUGGGGAGCGUCAGGAGACUUCUGGCAGAACUUGUGGAGCAAACUUUCUGUCACCUUUGAGGGUCACAAUGAAGCUUUAUUCUACAUGGGGACCAUGCUUGUGCCCACUGUGGUUUUUUGGGGUUUCAACGCUCUGCUGCUAUUGGUGGACACCACAGGAAGACCCGCCUUCAUCACACGCUACCGCGUCCAAGUGGACAAGAAUAAUCCGGUGGAUCCGGCCAAGCUGCGCCAGGCGCUGAGGACGGUGCUCUUCAACCACCUCUUCAUCUCGGGCCCCAUGGUGGUGGCCGCCUACCACCUGACGUCCUGGAGGGGCGACCCGUGCGGCCCCCGGCUGCCCACCUUCCACUGGGCCCUGAUCCAGCUGGCCUUCUUCUCCAUCUUGGAGGAAGUCUUCUUCUACUACUCCCACCGUUUGUUCCACCAUCCCAGCCUGUACAAACAUUUCCACAAGCAGCACCACGAGUGGACCGCCCCCAUCGGUGUGGUGGCGACGUACGCGCACCCCCUGGAACACCUGUUUUCCAACCUGCUGCCGGUGGUGAUUGGACCCGUGAUCCUGGGCUCCCAUGUGUCCACCACCUGCAUGUGGUACUGCAUUGCUCUGGUCAGCACCACCAUCUCACACUGUGGGUACCACCUCCCCUUCCUGCCAUCCCCGGAGUUCCACGACUUCCACCACCUCAGGUUCAAUCAGUGUUUCGGCGUCUUCGGCGUGCUGGACCGGCUUCACGGCACGGACACCAAGUUCAGGGAGACCAAGCAGUACGAGCGGCACACUUUGCUCACCUGCUUCACUCCGCUCACCGAGAGCAUCCCCGACUCUCCCAAGAGCCGGUGAUCGCCUGGGCAGGAAGACAAGACCGUUCAAUCGGGCACAAUCGGUCCUUGUUAGAAAAAGAGUUGUACCUAAAUACUGACUGACGUCCAUUCCAGAACUUUCUACUUCCUCCAUCAUCUCAGGUUAGAUCAUGCAGAAGAUCACAUAGCGGCUAAAACAACAAAUACAGUAAGAGAAUCGAACGCAACACCUUUAAUUGACCAUGCAAGCACGCCAUCUUGUGGCGAAAGCAAGAGACUACAACAGGACAAGUUCCAGAUGCAAGUGCACCCACUAGCGGCUGUGAAUAGUACUGCAAUGCAAUUCAAACUUGGGAACGUGGAAGCUUUUUCAAAUGUUUACUCACCGUCCGGAUGCUGUAAACCUGUUAAUGUUUUGCACUUUUUAACUACGCAGCACUUUGAUCAUUGUUUAUAAUGAGGGGGAAAUAAAGAUGUUAAACAAUGCAA